UUUACAUGACAUCAAAUUCAGCCUGCAAGAAUGGCCAGUCCAAUUCCUUACACGUCUGAAGCUAUGGCCAGGCUCCUUAUCUCCACCAGAGCCUUCCCCUUUCCGCUGGUUCCGGCACGAGCAUUCUUCAGACCCUCCAAAUUGUCGCCGGCGGUCAGAUUCUCCGGCGACCCAUCAGCCGCCAGAACCCUACGAGUGGUGACGACUCGUGCCGGUGCCAGCACCAGCAGUUACAUCUUCGCUUUCUCUAUCCCCUUUUCUCUUAUUCUCGUCACUGCCCUUACCGCUCUCAAAAUCGGUGAUAACCUGGACAAGAAGUUUCUUGAGGAGCUUGCUCUUAAUCAAGCCAUAAUGGAGGAAGAUGAAGAGAACAAAGAUGGUAGUUCAGAAAUCUCUUUUGAAGAAAAACCCGCUCUUCCACGAACUCGAAACCGCCCUAAAAGGGAAGCCUAGGUAUAAAUAGCAGCAUAGAUUUUGGAUGUGAACAUGAUCGGAUCAGACAGGCAGAAAAAAUGGCUCAAAGGAACUAGAAAGCUUCUAUGUAUACUGUAUGUAGCUUAGUUUUCUUCUUCUUCUUAAUAAUGAUUAGUAUAAAGUUAGUUUGUAUGAUGAGUGAAUUUAAUGUUUAAUAUUAUUGUUAUAUAUUCUUCAAAUUGAUAUA